AUGGCCUCGCCGACGUCUGCACUGUCUCCGCAUGAGAGAACCAGAGUCGAGGAUUACCUGAAUGACAAAAUUCAGGUUUCUGCGGAUUUUGAGAGUCUCGAUUCGUUGUUAUCGAGCCUCCGUGCCCAGCAUGAGCUGCAGCGGAAGCAGCUAGCUGAAGCUCAGGAAGUUCUAUCGAAUGCCACUAAGUCAUCGUACGACUAUGCCGAAGCCACUCGAAAACGAGCCGCGGCGUUUCAGGAACAGCAGGCGGACAUUGACAGUCGCUUGAAGGCCAUUACCAAGUCGGAUGCCAGCGAUGAGGCUGCCAAGCGGUUUGAAGCGGGAAUAGAGAAGUUACAGAGACUUGAGAUCUCAAGGGGUUACGUAUCGUUGCUCAAGGAAGCAGAGGAACUGAGCAAGGAGGCUCUGAAGAACAUGCAGUCCACACCUCAGUUGGCCAUCAGGCCCUACUCGCGGCUCCGGAAUAUUGUUCACUCAUUGGUCGAGGCCCAACCUGCCGCUGAAGGCGCCGCUCCCCAUCUGGUUGACUACGUAGGAAAAUUGACAUCGGUGCUGAGGGAACAGAUGAAAAGCGACUUUACCAGGUGGCUUCAGGAAACGCUGGAACAGGUGAAGUGGCCAUCGAAGGAUCUGAACUUUCCGGAGAGUCUCCAGAUACAGUGGAAAGAAAAUGUGGAAUUGCUCCUUGACCUGCAGAUCCCGGAAUUGAAGGGUCGUGGCACUGUUCCAAGCCGACCGAAUGCUGAACCGUCUAUCUUGCUUCCUUUAGAGGCAAUGGUUCGUCCUCUGGAACUUCGCUUUAAAUACCACUUUAGUGGCGACAAGCCAACCAAUCGACUCGACAAGCCGGAGUACUUCCUAUCUCACAUAUUGGAUUUAAUCAACAACUUCGGGGGCUUCUUUACUUCCUUCCUACAACCUAUCUUUGAUGAAAAAGCACAGGCUGUCGGGUCCGAUCUGGAGUGGAAUUUUCACGAUGCCUCGCACGCCUACAUCACGGCGCUCUUGCCAAUGCUAAGGCAGAAAAUAAUGACAUCCCUUCCUCAGAUUUCAGAACACCCGCAACUGUUGAGCCACUUUGUCCAUGAACUCAUGAAUUUCGACAACGAAAUUCGCGAGAGCUGGAAUUAUCUGCCGGAUCCUUACACCGAUGAGAGCUGGAAGGGAAUUACCUGGGACAUUCUUACAAAGGAAGGCUGGUUUGACCGCUGGCUUCAAGUCGAGAAGGAUUUUGCACUAGCUCGGUAUAAGGAGAUUGUCGAAGCACCGGACAGUGGCCAUAUCGACUACGAUGGUGUCGAACUCUCCGCAACCAAACCCACGAAAGCUGCCAUUCGCGUGAAUGAUCUUCUGGAAACAAUCACGGAGCGUUACCAGCCACUGUCGUCGUUUAGCCAGAAGCUCCGCUUUCUCAUCGACAUUCAGAUCACGAUUUUCGAUCAAUUCCACGAACGUUUGCACUCGGCACUGGAGGCCUAUCUCGCCAUGACUUCGACCAUUGGUCGCACCGUGCAAGGUACUGACGGACAAGCGGUUGAAGGAGUUGCGGGGUUAGAGCGACUUUGCCGAGUGUUCGGAAGCGCUGAGUACCUCGAAAAGAAGAUGGAAGACUGGGGCAACGAAGUGUUCUUCGUCGAGCUCUGGUCGGAGCUCCAAGAGCGAGUCCGGCAGAACCGGGACGGGGGCAAGAACGUCGCUGGCUCGAUGUCCGUUGCAGACGUCGCAUCGAGGACCUCGCAGGCCGUCACCAAUGGUUACGAAGAUGGGGCCAAGGGCGGCCCUACAGACGGCGCGCUGUUCGAUGAGACUGCCUCCGCAUACCGUCGUCUACGACUCCGCUCCGAGUCCAUCAUUACGUCGACCCUCACCUCCAACACGCGGUCAGCCCUGAAACCAUACUCCCGCGUGUCAACCUGGACCACCAUCCUAGCACCCUCGAUGUCAUCGACCGGCCCUCUUCCUCCAACCGCCCACCUCACUCCGGUCAUGCGGACGUUGUCGGCCGAGAUCUCAUUCCUAUCUCGCUCCUUGGGCAUUGCACCGCUUCGCCGUAUCAUGCGGCAGGUGCUCCUGUCCAUCCAAACGUAUCUCUGGGGCAACAUUCUCAUGCGCAACACGUUCUCGGCGGCCGGAGCAGCGCAGCUCGUAAGCGACGUCGAUCAUCUCUGCAGCGUUGUUGAUGCUGCUAUGGGGCCGGCCACCCCGACCGGCGGAUCUGCGAAGGUCCUGCAGAAACUGAGCGAGGGUCUUCUCCUUCUCGGAUUGACGGCGGGAGACAGUUCAGCAACGCCUCGGCCCGAUCUGUGGGGGGUCGAAAAGAGGCUCUUUAAAGAUAAUGAAAGCGCCCGGGACGUUCUGACGAAGCUGGGGGUUGAAUCACUGACAGAAGCAGAAGCCCGAAGUGUACUGGAGAGACGCGUUGAGAUAGGGAGUUGA